AUGACCAUUACCGGUUUCGCCGAGCGCAAAAAGAGCUACAGCUACCUCACCACACAGGCAAGCUGCCCGAACCAUGAUUCCACGGCGGUCCUUGACGCCUUUGAUCCAACCCAAGACCUUCAGUUGCAAGAUCUGAACAGCCUUUUCAAGGAGGUGCCCCAACAUGAUAUCACUGACAAAGAUCCGGCAACUGUUUAUGAGCUACUGGUUACACACAAGCAAAUGCCCAUUCUGAAGGAGUUCUUGGAUAUUACUUGGGACAGAUCGUCGGCAUGUGAAGUCUUGCAAUUGGUGGUUGACAGAAUCAAAGUUCUCGCUGAUAGCGAUGAGCCAAAAAAGAUUUCAGAAGUGAUGGAAAAGUCCCGGCACUUUGUGGAUCAUUGGUGCGUGACAAACAUGGUCAUCAGGAGACACCAGCUUUUGAAGAACAUUGGAGAACCAACUGUUCUCAUUGCGACAUUGGGCAGACGUUAG